GUUAGUAAGUUGGAGAGAGAGAAGAGCCAUGAGGUGAGACAUGAGCAACACAAGUCUACAGUGGUGGUGACUGAGCUGAAGGCCAAGCUCCACGAGGAGAAGACUAAGGAGCUCCAGGGGCUCAGGGAGACGCUGCUACGGACCCACGAGCUGGAGCUGAUGAGGGUUAUCAAGAUCAAAGACGGAGAGAUCCAGAGACUACAGGCGCUGGUUAAUGCGCUGCGAGAUGGAUCCACAGACAAGGUGAAGACGGCUAUGUUUGCGGAGGCGCGUGAGGAGGCCAGGCGUGGUUUUGAGGGGGACAGGAGCAGACUACAGCAGGAGAUCUAUGAGCUGAAGGGCAUGAAGAGACAGAUGGAGGAAGCUCUGAACUUGGCCGUCCAGGCAGACAAGACCAAGGCUGCUGAGAUACGGUCCGUCUAUCAUGUACACCAGGAGGAGAUCACCCGCAUCAAGAGGGAGUGUGAGAGGGAGAUACGCAGACUGAUGGAUGAGAUUAAGGUAAAAGACAGAGCAUGCUGUGUGCUGGGGAAGGAGCUGGGUGUUCAGGCUGGACACACUCAGAGGCUCCAGCUGCAGAAGGAGGCUGUGGAUGAGCAGCUAGCCCAGAUCAGAAGCAGGGAGGUUGGGGCAGGAGGACACCUCCACAGCCCCAAACGAGACGCUCCUUACCCCAGUGGUGCAGGAGACACCUCAGAGAGCCUCGAACAGCAGUUGGAUGAGAAGGACGCGCGACGCUUCCAGCUGAAGAUCGCUGAGCUGAGUGCCGUCAUCCGCAAACUGGAGGAUCGCAACGCCCUCUUGUCAGAGGAAAGAAAUGAACUGGUGAGCCGUUCUGACGUCUUCCAAUCACAGCUGAAGCGCCUAAGAGAGGCAGAGAGCCAGUUUAUGCCCCUGCUGGACAAGAACAAGAGGCUGAGCAGGAAGAAUGAGGAGCUGGCCCACGCAUUCAGACGCAUGGAGAACAAACUACGCUUCAUUACAGAGGAGAACAUGGAAAUGGAAAGAGAUAUGCUGCUGAGGUACAGACGGCAGGGCAGCAUAGGGAGGAAGAAGGCCAUCAGGCCGUGUAAACCGGUGGUAGAGACGUUCUUUGGUUACGAUGAAGAGGCUUCUAUAGACUCCGACGGUUCCUCCAUCUCCUUCCACACAGACAGGACACCGUGCACACCAGACGAUGACCUGGAGGAGGAGGAGACAGAGAUGAGGUUUCAUCAGUUGACCAUGGAGUACCAGGCUCUUCAGAGAGCCUAUGCACUUCUACAGGAGCAGGUGGGGGGCACGUUUGAUGCAGAGAAGGAAGUCAAGACAAGAGAACAGUUGCAAGCAGAGCUUAUUCUCUACCAAACCAGAAUACAGGACCUGGAGUGUGUUCUGUCCCAGCAAGGACAGAUCAAGCAUAUGGAAACAGAGGAGUCACGUUUAAAAAACGAAUUUCAGGACGCCAGAGACCAAAAUGAACUCCUGGAGUUCCGGAUCCUUGAACUUGAAGAGAGGGAGAGGAGAUCUCCAGGAAUCAACUUCCACGACAUCCACUUCUGUGAAGGCAUCAGUCCACUGCAGGUGUACUGUGAGGCCGAGGGAGUCACAAACCUAUCCAACGAGGAGCAGGUGGUGGCCAUUCACGCCAGGACCGUCUUAACGCUAGCAGAGAGGUGGCUUGAGAAUAUAGAGGUCACCAAAACAGCUUUAGCACAGAAAAGGAUGGACAUUGAAAGUGAGAAGCAUGUGUUCAGUAAACAGAAAGGCUAUCUGGAUGAGGAGUUGGACUACAGGAAACAAUCCAUGGCUCAGGCUCACAAGAGGAUCUUGGAGCUAGAGGCAAUGCUGUUUGAUACCCUGCAACAGGAUGCGGGGGCCAAGAUGUCAGAGAUGCUGUCGGACGACGAGAGGGAGACAUUGCGUCGGGCGGUGGAGCAGUGGAAGAGAGGGGUCAUGAUGGAGCUCAGAGAGAGGGACUCACAGAUCCUCAGGGAGAGAAUGGACAUGCUACAGCACUCACAGCAGAGAAUCAAAGAGCUGGAGGAAUGGAUAGCAGCUCAGAAAAGACAGAUAAAGGAACUAGAAGAAAAG